GAGUUCCACUCCAUCAUCCUUCGCAGCAGCAGUCGGCUCACUGAGCCACCGGUUAUCAUCGGAAGCUCAGCGGCGCUGGACUGCUGUAGCAGGUUCAUGAGUUUCGGGCGGGCCUUCAAGCAGACCUACGAAAUCUACAUCGAGUGGGUUCAAGAAAGGGGCGGUCUGCUUGUGAAUGGCACCUGGCGGCCAGUUGAGAUACGAGUGGGAAACGACAUGUCAGAGGCGGAGAACGUGAGAGCGGUCUUCGAGAGGCAUGUUCACGACGGUGUGAACCUUUGGCUCAGCACCUACUCUUCUGGGCUGUCUCUGGUGGCAGCAGAUGUGGCAAACAGCUCUGGUUCCUUGUUGGUAGCCCACUCAGCAAGUUCCACUGCCAUCACCAGAGAUCGCCCGACUGUUUUCAAUGUCAACCCACCUGCGCGGAACUAUAUGAGGGGCUCGUUCGAGGCCCUCGCCGCCAGCGGGAUUGGGACCAUCGCUGGUUUCUACGAAGCCAGCGGUGGGCCGAGGGCGGUUUGCCGCCCACUGCAGGACCUCGCAUCGGAGUACAACAUGACCUUGCUAAGCAACCGGGAGAUCCCCUUCUCCGCAAAUGGAUCCGUCGUGAAGGACCUGGUAGCAGGCCUCAAGUCUGAACGUCCCGAUGCCGUUUUCGGGUGCGUCUACGAGCAGGUGUGCCACGAAUUCGUGGAGGAGAUGCUUGAGCAGCAGUUCGAACCCAAGGCCGUGAUUUUCACGGUCUGCGUGACGUCGGACAGCAUCUCACAGCUGGGGGCCAAGGGGAGGUGGCUGACCGGGGUGACUUCGUGGCUGCCCUCCAUGCCACACCAGUCGGAGGAGACGGGCUUUUCCGCUGCAGAGUUCGGCGCCCUUUACAGGUCCAAGUACACGGAGGACCCGCCGUACCAAGCUGCUGCUGCAUGGGCUGCCAUCGUCAGCUUGGGGAGGGCUGUUGAGAUGGCGAACUCGACGGAACCAGCUGUGGUCUCCGCCCAGCUGCAACGUCUGGACCUGGAAACGCUGUACGGCCGAGUCUCCUUUGACGAGCACGGCCAAACUCCGAUGAAUUUCAAGGCUGUUCAGCUGCAAGAGGUGGGCAUGCCGCCAGCGGUCGUGUCACCGUUGCACAAGGCCGUCGCGCCGUUGCGGCUCAUGCCGUCCUCUUCAGAGCGGCAGUGCGCCAGUGAGGCAGUCGGUGAUUCAAUGUUUAGGUCUCUUCUGAGAGUUACCAUAAUGUGGUUUUGA